UUAAUUUAUUGGACUAUCCAUCAUUUAGUCCAUAUCUCAAAUAUAUUAAUAAAAUAAUUAGGUGACUUAAUUGGUUGUCAGGAGAGUGAGCUGUUAAUUUCUCUUGAUAUUUUAUUUAAUGAAUUUUCUGAUAUAAAAUUUGAGUGUUUAUGAUUAUUUUUUGAAUGAAUAUUUUAUUUAGCAUAUAAUAUAUGGGUAGUUGGAUAUAAAUGGUGCAGGGUAAGGAUAUUAUAUCUAUUUUAAUAAAUAUUUAUUAUAUUUAUAUUAAUUUAAUAUUAGAUUCCAUAUGGAAAUAUUUUUAGAAUUGUAUCAUCAUGCAUAUACGCUGUAUGACUUAUUAAUAUGCAUCCCGCCAUACCUAAAAAUUUUGGAUGCAAAAAAAUAUAUAAUAUGCAGUAACUAUCCCAUUAUUCCUAAAUCAUACAUCAAUGAAUAUCAAACCAAUCAUAUAUUGUCAGUUAAUUUUUUAAAAUUGGAAAUGGAUAUUCAAUAUUUAUUGGAUCAUUUUGAAUAUCAAAUGUUAGAAACAUUUUAUUGUUACACAGCAUCUCAUUUGUGGAUUACAAUUUUUAAAGAUAAUAACAAAUUAAACCAAAGUGAUUUAUAUGGAAUGUUAAGUUUAAUUAAAACAAAUUGUGAUAUAUUUUAUUUUGUAUCUUCUAUUGAAAAACUUAAUAUUCACUUUAAAAAUGGUUAUUUUGUUAAAAUUUACGAAAUGGAAACUUUGAAUAUACAUUUAAAACAAUUUAAUAUAGGAAAACUUAAAAAUUUGAGAAACAUAUUUUGCAGUGAUAAAGAAAUACUUGAAGUUCAAAAUAAAUAUUUUAUUCACGUGAAUCAUAUUAUUUUGAAUACAAACACUAAUUUCGGAAGACAUGUUUUCCCAAAAACACAUAUUUUAUCAAAAUGCAAUAACUGCUCAAAUAUGCAAAAUUUGAUUAAAGAUUUUAUGGAAUUAUUAUUUACAUUGCCUUUCAUUGACUCUAAUCGGAAGAGAUAUCCUAGAGAAUUAUCCCCACUUAAUAAGGAAUAUAUUGAAGUUUUGAUAGAAAAUCCUUUCUACUAUGGUGUUAUAAAAAAAUUAAUCAUCAAUCAUAAUGUUUGCAAUUAUCGUAAAUUAGUUAACAAAAACUGUCCUGCGAUUUAUGGAUGUCAACAAAAUGCAUAUAUUAAAUCAACAUAUAAAUUUAAAAAUUAUUUGAAUUAUAUUAUACUCGAAAAAUUUGGUCCCACCAAAUAUACAAGGAAGCACAAACAAAGCAUUACAAAUCUAUACCCUUUAAAUAAAUUUCGUUUUUCUCCUAAAUUCAAUGGAACACGAACUAUUAUCAAUACCAAGCAAAACUUUAGAAAGAAUUAUAGAUGGUUAUUUCCAUUUAUGACUUAUAUAUGUAAUCUUGAUAAUUAUAAAGGUUAUGGCGUCAACUCUAGGAUGAUACACACAAAAUGGUUCGAUUUUUUGAAUCAUUGCUCGAAAGAAUAUACAAGUGAAUAUAAAAAAAUGAAAUUAUAUUUUAUCAAUGCUGACUUAAACAAAUGUUAUGAUAAUAUAGAUGUUCAAAAACUUUAUUCUAUAUUAAUAGAGUUGAUAAUUCAGUUGUCCCCUCCAUUUUAUUAUUGCUCCUAUUAUGAAAUAAAAAAACAGCAUUCAAAAAAAUUCAGUAAUGACGGGUAUGUCAUACAUAACACCAGAGAGGCCAAGAUUAAUAAAAAUCUUAAAUUUUUAUUUUCUCGAACUAAACAAGAUGCAUUAGAAGAUAUAUCCGAUUCAAAUUCAAAAUUUUUUACGAAUAAUUGUAGUAAUGAAAUAAAAUAUAAUUUGAUUUAUAUUAGAAAGCAAUCGGAAAUCAAGACUUUACAAUUAAACACGAUUUUACAGGCUUUCCCCGAGAAAGAUCUACAGAAUAUAUAAACUAUCAAAAGGUAUUCCUCAGGGGUCUUCGUUAUCUUCAUUAUUUUGCGAUAUGUAUUUAGGUCACAUGGAAAAAUUGUUAUUUAAAUCGAUUUUUAAUUCAAAACAAUGUUUUAUAGUGCGCAAUGUCGAUGAUUAUUUUUU